AAAAUCUUGUUUUCUGUGUUUUUAACGUGUUCUUGUAGAUUUUUUCCUAUUAUGCAGGACAUACAUAAAAUAAUGUAAGAUUUAAAUUGUAUUUCUAAGUGUUCAAAUUCUGACGGAUCGGGAGCAGAUAAAAACCCGUGGUUUGAAAAAGUUCAGGCUUGCAACGCAGCAACUGCCAUUUUUUUAUGGAAAUAAAAAGAAAUAAAGAAAUUGAAAACCAAAUUUGAAUUGAAUAGAAAAAAAGGUUGACAAAAUGAUAUAUUCUAUGUCAAACUUAUAUUUUCCCCAUGGUGUUGUGAAGAUUUAUUUCUCCACAAGAGUCAUGUGAUUGACAGAAGCAUUGUGUUACCUUACCUGUUUUGUCACCUUUUCUGACUUCAUUAACGGCGCUUCAGGUCAUGUGACUGACGAACUGGUGGUUGAUUAUUGACUGUAUACGAGAACUGACUUGAUAAAUGAGACUGGGGUAAAGAGAGAAGAGGGCUCCUGUCAAGUCGUGCACUUCAGAGAGUGUAAGAAGGACCUUAAGAGAGAAAGGAUAAAAAAAAACACCUCUAUCUCUGCAUUUAUCAGUUCUUGUUUGGAUUUACUUUCGGUUUGGACUGAAGAUUCCUUCAUUUAUUAUGGUUUCAUUGGGGGUGCAAAUACAGCUGUAGGGGAGACAACUGGAACUAAGUGGAACUUUAAAGAGAACAAAUUAGUUUGGGGUGAAGAUGAAGCUGACUUCAUCCUAUAUUCUAUGUCUGUCCGUUCUUCUACUUUACGCCCAGUUUUCAGACUCCAAGAGAGGAGGAGGUGGAGGAGGAUUCAAAAUUUCAAGUAAAUCCCACCAUAGUAAAAGCAAUACGGGCUACAAAAAAAAGGACACCCGCCCUCAGGAAAAAUAUCCAAAACAGCCUGUUUAUAACAACAAUCCCCCACAAUUUGGGGGAGGCGGUUACCCCAGACAACAGUAUCCAGGAGGAAGGUUUGGGGGCAGUUAUGGGAGUUACCCAAGCAUACAAAUUAAUCCAAAAAACAAAAUCCUGAGCCCUCACUACACUGGUAGCUUUGGCUAUGGCGGGUACAUGACCCAAGGAAGUUCUCCUUUUUACAAUCAAGUAAGGGGGAUGAGCCCGGAUGCCAGAUCCAGAGGAUUUGGGCGCAAAGCGGCGAUGGCAGCAGCUGGGGGGACCAUGGCGGGAAUGGCGUUGGGCUACGGCUUAGGACGAUUUCCCCCUCCCCAUUUCCAGGUCCGCAACCGACAGGAGGAGUAUCACUACAACCACUACAUGCACAGGAAAUCCAAAGAGCGGUCCUCUGACUCCAAACACAAUGAUAAAGAUCAUUUCAGGACCCCACAGCAGGACUACAGCAGAUACAUGGACUCGUGCAUGAAGAGGAACGACCUGUUUCCAGCAGAGAAGCCAAAACCAGCAGUGACUAACCAAACUGCAGUCAAGAUGACCAACAGGAGCGCAGUAGAAUCAUCUUCUUCCCCCGGGUCUCCGCCCCCUUUAAAUCCACAAGCCAAUUUAGCCCCCAAAUCUGUACAGCCAAUCAACAGUGCAGAAGAGGAUGCUGAUACAGUCAGCAUCAUGGAGAUCGGAUACCCAGCUCUGAUCCAACAAGUGAAGGCCAGAAGAUGCUUAGAGAUGUACAUGUCUCUGGAGUCUGCAGGAGGAUCCACAGCGCUGGGUACGCGCGUUCAGGCCGUCUCAGCCGUGCUCCUGGCCAUGAUGCUGGCAGCUGUUAACAGCAAAGCUCUGAAGCUGCUUCCCUGAGGCCUGCACUCACAGGAUGUUAAAGAUUUUUACUGCCGUUUGAGGUUAAUCAUUAUGAAGGGAGUCAUCACUCACUGCCACGUUUCUGUUUACAGUUGGAAAGAUUUUCCAUCAGUUUUCAGUAAACAGUAACGUUGAUGGAGGUCCCCCAUGACCAAGUAGAGCCACCUUUGUUGUGUAAGGCAAAGAUGUUCCUUAAAAGAGGAACAAAACAUUUGAGUUCCACAAAAAGACUAAGUUCUUUAUGAAAAUGAUAAGAUUUUCAGUUGAUUUUGGUGUCAAGGUGAUCCUAGAUGCUACUUUAUUGACAUCUUUAAUCACAUUUCAUGAAUUCUUAUUAAUUUGUUCAAUACAUUAUUUGUAUUUGUUUUAUUUUUGCUACUUAAAGCAGUUUCUAUCCUUGUAUUUUAAUUUAUUUGCCAAUUGUUUGCAAAGAUAGAAAGCAAGAAAGUUAAAUGGAUGUUAAAACAAAAUCUGUCCAGCAUUAAUCUCCAGAAACAAAAUCGACAUAGUUUUCCUCUUUUAGAAAAUUAAAUUAUUUUUUAGAAUCUAUUCUGGCACUGUGACUAUGAAUGAAAAAAUAGAGAAAAAAGUUGUAAAAUUAUUAGUAAAAAGUCUAAAUUAGCUAUGAAUGUAUGCCUUGGAAAAGUUGUAAUUUUAAAAGGGAAAAAGUCGUGUUUUUUCAAAAACGAAAUGUCACAUUUAGCUUAAAAUGUGUCAAAGACAAUCAAGCAUUAGGCUACUUGUUAAAUAUCUGUUUUAUAUAAUUAAAAAAAUAGAGGAAUCUGCUCUUUUUGUAAAUGUAAAACUUAAUUUAAAAUAAAAUUUAAGUUAAAUAAAUAAAAUUAUGUUAUAUUUGGACAUUUUCUCAUAGUUUUAUUUAUCCAUUUAAUGGUGGCCUUAAUACUGGAUUGAUUACUUUUAUUUCAAGCAUAGAUGGUGAAAAAUACAGGACAAAACACACAAAUAUUUCAAACUCAUUACAGAAAUAACGAAAUGCAUUGAUUAGAAAAUAGAAAACAAGCAAACAAAAACAAAACAUGUCACGUUUGAUUCAUUAAAUUCCAUAAUUAUUAACUAAAGUCAAGUAGAGUUUGAUUGAUUGAUUCAUCAUAAAAAACACAAAAAGUAACAUAAAAGGGAAAACAUAUCUCUGGUUUUUGGGAAAAACCAAUAAAUAUGACCAGAAAAAAGUCAUUUGUAUUAUUUGUGUCUUCCAGAAGACAUAACAGUGGUGACAGAAAAGCUAACUGGAAGAGUUAUAAACAAAACGUUUUAUGAUUUAACCUUCACGUGACAAAGAAAUAUAAAUUGAGGUUAUAAAAAAGCUGUUACUGUGAAUUAUUUUUACUUUUGUUUGUUUAUUUUUUGUCUCAGUUUGCAGUGGCCGAAGCAACUUCUGGGAGUUGAAAAGCAACAUGUUUUAUUCUGAAAAGUAGCAUGGAAAAGUGGCUCAUUAGGCAAAAUGGAACUUUUAUUCUGACAAUCAUUAAUUAAUCUACACUUGUUUUUCAUGUUCUGUGAUUUCUGACAGUGUAAACGUUCAACCCAGCUGGAUUUUUGCCAUACAGGAACAUCGAGAACCAAACAGUUUACUCUUUGUCAUAGUUAAUGUAAGCAUGCUGCUGUUCUAAUGCCUGUUGGGUCAUGGAGACUGUAGAUCUUUCUCAGCCAAAAUAGCUUUUCAAUGGUGUGAUUGCAGUAAAAUGUCAACUUUAUCUAUUCCUUGUUGAGCUAUUCGUCAUAAUGUACUCAAAGCUAGCCUGCAUGUGCUACAUGUCACUGUUAGUGUCUGAAGUUUUACAGAUAUUAAAGCUAAUUACGGUAAUGUCCAAAGUCUGGAGUUUUUAUUGGAAAUGCACAUCUUAAUAAUUUAAAGAAAUAAAAUAUUAUUUUCAAAAAUGGUUAAAUAACAAAAUUCUAAAACAGUUAAUCUAAUAUCUAUCAUGUUCUUCUCAACAAUUAUAAUAAAAAAGUAGUCACAUUUGAUUCACAAAUAUACGGAAAGAAUAGAUUGAAUGCUUAAGCAUUCAAUUAGCCAAAAAAGCUAGCACAUGCUAGCUUAAGCAUUGUAAUGCUUAAGCAUUCACAGUUAAAUGUAAACUUCAGUUUACUCUAAAAACAUUACCAGUAAAAAAAAAAAAAGUGAGGGCUGUCUAUGUUUUCUUCAACUUACAUGUUUGAAGCAUAAACUUGAGGGUGUUACUGAAAAUAGAUUCAGUUGACAUCCUUUACAGAGAAAGGAAACAAUCAAUGGAGGAUAUUAACCCUUUAACACCUGAGGUGUGGUUGGUGAUGCUUAAACACACCAUUUUUUAACAUAGUGUAAUUUUUAAACCAUUAACACGAUCAACUUUAAUAAGAAAAAUUA